CAGUUAUUGCACUAAAACUACUGCACUUAUAGUGAAAGAAAGUAAUAGUCCUCUGUGCGAUUGUUUCAUUUGUUUUUCAUUAGUAUUUUAUAACGUUUAUUAAGUUGGAGGUCGUGUCCCCUUUAAGAGCGCCCAGCUGUGCGCGGCCAGGAAGUAGAACAGUCAACGCAGCGGACGCCUCCACCAGCAGCACGGUCACGUUUGUUUACGUUGAUUCCUCCUGUCUGAUCCGGACCACCGGGUCUGUCGCGUUCUGUCGAUCGGAGCUGGUUUCGGGUUGACGGGCUUGUUGACAUUUGAGGAGGAGGCAUGGCCGACGGUCCAGAGGCCGAUGUCGACGACCCGCCCAGUAUCAAUUUCCCCCCGCUCAUCACUGUCUCUGAUCUGCCCAGCGCUACUGCCGCAGGCCGUAACCUGAAGGAAUGGCUCCAGGAGCAGUUCUGCGACAAACCUCUGGAGCAGGACGACAUGCGGCUCCACAACGCCGCCUAUGUCGGGGAUCUGGACACCCUGAGGAACCUGCUGCAGGAAGACGACUUCAGACGGCGGAUCAAUGAGAAGUCGGUGUGGUGCUGCGGCUGUCUGCCCUGCACCCCCCUGCGGAUUGCGGCGACAGCAGGACACGCCGCGUGCGUGGCCUACCUGAUCGCUCAGGGAGCGGACGUGGACCUGGUCGACGUCAAAGGCCAAACGGCGCUCUACGUGGCCGUGGUUAACGGUCACCUGGACUGUGUCCGGAUCCUCCUCGAAGCCGGAGCUGAUCCCAACGGGAGCCGGCACCACCGCAGCACCCCUCUGUACCACGCCGCACGGGUGGGGAGGCUGGACAUACUGCAGGAGCUAAUCAGGUUCAAUGCUGACGUUGACAUGGACCACCAGCUGGGUCCCCGGCUCCUGUUGAGCGCCCGCACCCUCAACACUCUGGUGGUGUGUCCUCUCUACAUCAGCGCCGCCUACCACCACCUCCACUGUUUCCGGCUGCUGCUCCAGGCCGGCGCGCAGCCCGACUUCAACUACACGGGACCGGUCUGCCACGAGGCGCUGACCCGCGGCCUGGCCUCCUGCCUGCUGGACGCCGUGCUGCGACACGGGUGCGAGGUGGCCUUCAUCCACCUGCUGCUGGACCACGGAGCCAACACGGCCCUUGUGCACUGGGACGAGCUGGAGUUGGAGUCUCCCAACAGGAGGAAGGUGGAUCCGGAAGCGCUCAGGGUUUUCCUGGAAGCAAAGAGACACCCUCUCAGGCUUACACACCUGUGUCGCAUCAGGAUCCGCAGAGUGAUGGGCAAAAACCGCCUCAACCACAUAACGUCGUUACCGCUACCAGAACCUAUCAAGAACUUCUUGCUUCACCAAAACUGACCACCGGCCCAACGUGCUCAUCCGGUCCUUAACUAAAAAACACCUCAGUCACUCCCAAAGAGAAACAACAGGACAGAGCUUUUGGUCAACCCAGUUUGCUAACUAUUUUCUUUAAAUUAACAGUUCAAAAUAUAAAAUCCUCCCGCCCCUGUAAUGACGAUUUGAACGCUUCUUAACAUAUCAGAGAAGCCUUAGGUAGGUCUUGAAACUGUAUUCUGAAUGUUGUGACCUCCUGAAUCGGCAGGACGUGUUUUGGACCGUUGUCAAGAAGCACUUUUUAGCAGCCAUGUGAGUGAGAAUCUUAAACACGCCAGGCCAUAAGCAUCGCGUUCAUGAGCAGAGCAACAGCGUCCAGACCCAGCUCCUUGAAUUGCUUGUUUAUGUUUCACGUAAACCUGGACCUGAGGCAGGAAAAACGUGCGAGCAACGCGGCAAUCUUAAAUGUAUACCGUAGAUCAUGUAGAUUCUAAGCGAUGACUAGUGCAAAGUGCUCAAGCUUUUAGAUCUAGAUCACUCUGCUUUUAAGUGCUGUUUACACUCCACCGCACACUGGGUGCUGACUGAUUCUUUUUCAGCCACAUGCCUUAAUUUUGAGUUUUUAAAAACAUAGCCUCAAAGACUUAUCAGUCAAAACCUGCUAAAGAUAAACCAAACCACCGAAGUAUGAAAUUCCUGAGGUUUUUGACGAGAACAUUUGUAAAUUCAUGAGCAGUUUGCGGCCCUGGAUCUUGACUGGUUGCAGGAGCGAAGUUUACAUAUUGAUCUGCGUGUCAGCAUUAAAUAAUAUGAUGGAGACCUUUUAGAAAUUAGUGCCGUUUAGGAUUAAUAAAACUGACAAUCGGUGAACUAGAGAAUGAAAUCUAUGAUAAUAAUAAUAAUGGGAAUAGGUUUGUAUUUAUUAGCCAGAAAGCUGCCUUCUCUGUGAGUCUGUUGCACCCCUUCGUCUACUGUGCAUGCACAGAUCUGUCUCUCGGACGUUGCCAUUUAGACGCCGACCAUGUUAAAAUGUCAGUGGAUUUUGCUUUGUAUGUUUUAUCUUUAUUUGCAUUCAGUAAAUGUGAUGCAAUUGUG